AUGUUGAGUUUACAAACUUGGAUUGGUAGGCGAGAUUUCGACAGGGGUGAAAUUCCACCAGAUAUUGAAUUAGAAGAAAUUGGAGACCUAUCCGAGGAUUUCAACGAAAGUGAGGAUGAGGAUGACGACAACAGGGAGGAUACAACUGAGGAAGCUACAAAAAGACCUUCAACGAUACCGAAUAUGCAAAUAGGACUUAGAAUUACCCAUGAAUCUGAUAUCAGACUUACCUUAUUGACGAAUUUACUGAUAAAUUUCCCAUCACCGGGAUUCAUGAGUUUACCAGUUAAAUUGACAGUACGGGGGAUUGUAUUACAUAGUAAAGCAACCAUUGGUAUAGAUAGCAAAAAGCGACAGCUGCACUUCUGCCUGGUAGAGCCACACGAGGAGGAAGACGACGACGAUGAAGAGGUAGAAACGCAUAUAUUGCAAUCACUAAUAGUGGAAAGUGAGAUUGGUGAUGUUGAUAGGCAUACACUCAAGAAUCUUCAGCUAAGAUGCCAUUCAGUAAAUUUUAUUUUAGCAAAAAACUACUCAGCUAACCUUCAUACAGUCAAGGAAGCCAAGAACAACGCUUACUUCUCACGUUACCAAGUCAAGUACCGUAGACGUCGUGAAGGAAAGACUGACUUCUACGCUCGUAAGCGUCUUGUUACUCAAGCCAAGAACAAGUACAACGCACCAAAGUACAGACUUGUUGUUAGAUUCACUAACAAGGACAUUAUCUGUCAAAUUGUUUCCUCAAAGAUCCAAGGUGAUGUUGUCUUGACUCACGCUAGAGCUCGUGAACUUCCAAAGUACGGUAUCAAGCACGGUCUCACUUCAUGGUCAGCUGCUUACGCUGUUGGUCUCCUUGUUGCCAGAAGAGCACUCACCAAGCUUGGCUUAGCUGACAAGUACGAAGGUGAUGCUGAAGCUACCGGUGAAUACAGCCUCACUGAACCACUCGGUGAUGACGAACCAAGACCAUUCAAGGUCUUCUUGGAUGUCGGUUUGAAGCGUACCUCAACCGGUUCAAGAGUUUUCGGUGCUCUUAAGGGUGCUUCAGAUGGUGGUCUCUACGUUCCACACUCAGAAAACAGAUUCCCAGGUUACGAUAUCGAAUCAAAGGAAUUAGACCCAGAAAUCUUGCAAAAGUACAUUGUCGGUGGUCACAUUGCUGAAUACAUGGAGGAACUCGAAGAAGAAGAUGAAGAGAGAUUCAAGAAGCAAUUCUCUACCUACCUUGAAGACGGUGUUGGCUCAGACGACAUCGAAGAAAUCUACACUUCAGCUCACGAAAAGAUCCGUGAGAACCCAGAGUUCCAAAAGAGCACUGUAGCCUCCGAGAAGGACUGGAAAUCAAUCUCCCAAGGCUACAAGGCCAAGAAGCUCACCAAGUCACAAAGAGAUACUGCUAUUGCUCAACGUAUCGAAGCCUUCCAAUCUCAACAAGAGUAA